AUGGGGACUAGAUUGCGAUCCACUUUUUGCCCAUCUGUCUCUGACCCUUUGAUUGAUUCGUUUGAACAAGUAGUCCUCAGGGAUAUUGACCGGCUAGAGCAGAAUAAAAUUCACUGCAAUUAUAAUUUAACCAGACAAGAAUGGCUUGCCUUAAAGUCUCUAAGGGAUGACCGCAAUAUUAUAAUUAAGGCCGCCGACAAGGGUGGCGGCAUAGUUAUCCAGGAUACAGCCCACUAUGAGCAGGAGGCUGAGCGUCAGCUAAACAUUCAGACUGAUUAUAAGCGGAUCCCCUGUAACCCCUUAAAACAGAUCCAGCGCAUCAUCCAAAUUGUGCUGGAGGAAGGGCUACUUGCAAACGAUAUUGACCAGAAGACCCAUGAUGCUUUAAUUAAUAAACACCCCCGAACGUCUCUUCGCCCUCAUCCCCGCCGCCCAGCUCACCUGCCCGGCCAGAGGAAAGCAGAAAAGACGUCGCCGCCACCACAGCCGCGGUGCCCGGGGGGCUGUACGGAGCAGCGCCCUCGGGCUCAUCCGGAGAAGGCGCCUCCGCUCGCCCAUGAGCAUCACGGCUCCAGCGCUCCGCGCUGGCAAGGGCCAGCCGGCUGCAGAAGCAGCGCAGGUGGCGGAAGCAGCAUGUGGACCCCAACCGAGGAGGAAAAAUACGGCGUAGUUAUAUGCAGCUUCCGAGGGACUGUGGUACAAGGCUUGGUUCUAGAACUAGGAGAAACUGUCCAAAUUCUGGAAAAAUGUGAAGGAUGGUAUAGAGGAAUUUCACUUAAGAAGCCCAAUGUAAAGGGGAUCUUUCCUGCUAACUAUAUUCACUUGAAAAAGGCUGUAGUCAGUAACAGAGGGCAGUAUGAAACUGUUGUCCCACUUGAAGAUUCGGUUAUCACUGAAGUUACAGCAACACUCCAGGAAUGGGCUGUCCUCUGGAAGCAGCUAUAUGUGAAACAUAAGGUAGAUCUUUUCUACAAACUGCGUCAUGUGAUGAAUGAACUAAUUGAUCUUCGCAGACAGCUACUGUCAGGUCAUUUGACCCAAGACCAAGUGCGAGAAGUUAAGAGGCACCUCACUGUUCGAUUGGACUGGGGUAAUGAGCAUCUAGGUUUGGAUCUUGUUCCACGAAAAGAUUUUGAGGUGGUGGAUUCAGAUCAAAUCAGUGUCUCUGAUCUAUACAAAAUGCAUUUAUCCAGUAGGCAUAGUGUACAGCAGAGCACAUCACAGGUAGAUACGAUACGCCCACGUCAUGGAGAAGCAUGCCGUUUACCAGUCCCUCACCACUUCUUUCUGAGUCUGAAGAGUUUCACUUACAAUACAAUUGGAGAGGAUGCAGAUGUCUUCUUUUUUUUGUAUGAUGUUCGAGAAGGCAAGCAGAUCAGUGAAAGGUUUUUGGUUAGGCUAAACAAGAAUGGGGGCCCCAAAAAUCCAGACAAGAUUGACCGAAUGUGUGCAGUUUUCACAGAUCUCAGCAGCAAAGACAUGAAGAAAGAUUUGUACAUUGUUGCUCAUGUAAUCAGGAUAGGGCGCAUGUUAUUAGCUGAUUCAAGAAAGGGUCCUUCUCAUCUGCAUUAUCGACGCCCCUAUGGUUGUGCAGUAUUAAGCAUUAUGGAUGUAAUUCCAUCAAUCUCUGAAUUAAAAGAAGAAAAGGAUUUCGUUCUCAAAGUUUACACGUGCAACAAUGAGAAUGAAUGGUAUCAGAUCCAUGAAAACAUCAUUCGCAAGUCCAGCACCAAAUAUACAGCACCCAGCUCAAAUUAUGGACUUAUAAUUUCUCUUCAACUACUUCGUGGAGAAAUGGAGCAGAUUCGCAGGGAAUACCCUAUGAUCUUCAACAAAGGAGUGGCUAUUACGAGAAAAAUAGGUUUCCCAGAUGUCAUCAUGCCUGGUGAUAUACGCAAUGACUUAUACCUGACUUUAGAGAAGGGGGACUUUGAGAGAGGUGGGAAAAGCGUGCAGAAGAACAUUGAAGUUACUAUGUAUGUUCUUUAUGCAGAUGGAGAGAUUCUAAAGGACUGUAUCAGCUUGGGCUCAGGAGAGCCAUGUAGAAGUGUAUAUCAUUCCUUUGUCCUUUAUCACAGUAAUAGCCCUCGUUGGGGAGAAGUCAUCAAGCUGCCUAUUCCCAUAGACAGAUUCCGUGGUUCUCACCUCCGUUUUGAGUUCAGGCAUUGCUCCACAAAAGAUAAAGGAGAAAAGAAGCUUUUUGGUUUUGCAUUUACACCAUUAAUGAGGGACGAUGGUACCACCCUUUCAGAUGAUAUUCAUGAGCUUUAUGUCUAUAAGUGUGAUGAAAACAGCACGUUCAAUAACCAUGCACUGUACCUGGGCUUACCAUGCUGCAAAGAGGACUAUAAUGGUUGUCCCAACAUCCCCUCAAGCCUGAUUUUCCAGCGCAGCACCAAAGAGUCUUUUUCAGUCUCUACCCAGCUCUCGUCAACCAAACUCACACAGAAUGUGGACCUGCUUGCUCUCUUAAAAUGGAAGGCUUAUCCUGAUCGAAUAAUGGAUAUCUUGGGAAGACUGAGGCAUGUCAGUGGUGAAGAAAUUGUUAAGUUCCUUCAGGAUAUCUUGGAUACUUUAUUUGUGAUUUUGGAUGACAAUACAGAAAAAUAUGGACUGCUGGUCUUUCAGUCUCUGGUGUUUAUCAUAAAUCUCCUACGUGACAGCAAAUAUUUUCAUUUUCGACCUGUGAUGGACACUUACAUUCAAAAGCACUUUGCAGGGGCACUGGCAUACAAAGAACUGAUUCGGUGUUUGAAGUGGUAUAUGGACCGAUCAGCUGAGCUUGUGCGACAGGACCAUAUUCAGGAGGCGAUGAGGGCCUUGGAAUAUCUCUUCAAGUUUAUUGUCCAGUCUCGGAUCCUUUACUCUAGAGCAACUUGUGGAAUGGAGGAGGAACACUUCAGAGUCAGCAUCCAAGAACUUUUCCAGUCCAUCAGAUUUGUGCUCAGCUUGGAUAGCAGGAGCUCAGAAACUCUCAUCUUUACACAGGCCCCUCAGCCUGGAGGACAGGUGAGCGGAGCUGGGACAUGUGCCCCACAAAAAUGUGGUGGUACUUCAAGGCCAUCAUUUAAUUCUGCUGCUUUGUUGAACUCCUUCCCUGCAAUUUUUGAUGAGCUACUGCAGAUGUUUACAGUACAAGAGGUGGCAGAAUUUGUACGGGGCACUCUUGGGAGCAUGCCCAGUACAGUGCAUAUUGGACAAUCUAUGGAUGUAGUUAAACUGCAGUCUAUAGCUCGUACUGUAGACAGUCGCUUAUUUUCUUUCCCAGAAUCUCGACGUAUCUUGUUACCAGUGGUUCUUCAUCAUAUUCAUCUUCACCUGAGACAGCAAAAAGAGUUGCUUAUUUGCUCUGGGAUUCUCAGCAGUAUCUUCUCCAUCAUCAAAACUAGCUCUUUGGAGACAGAUGUAGUUGAGGAAGUAGAAAUGAUGGUGGAGAGCCUCCUGGAUGUACUUUUACAGACUCUACUUACUAUCAUGAGUAAAUCGCAAUCUCAGGAGGCGGUAAGAGGGCAGCGUUGCCCACAAUGCACAGCUGAAAUCACUGGAGAGUAUGUGUCCUGUCUUUUAUCGCUACUUCGUCAAAUGUCGGACACUCAUUUCCAGCAUUUACUAGAGAAUUUUCAGAGCAAGGAUGAGCUGAAGGAAUUUCUGCUGAAGAUUUUCUGUGUAUUUCGGAACCUAAUGAAAAUGAGUGUCUUUCCUCGAGAUUGGAUGGUGAUGAGAUUGCUCACCAGCAAUAUAAUAGUUACAACUGUUCAAUAUCUGUCUCCUGCUCUACAUAAGAACUUUACAGAAACAGAUUUUGAUUUUAAGGUCUGGAACUCCUAUUUCAGUUUAUCAGUUUUGUUUAUAAACCAGCCCAGCCUCCAGUUGGAAACUGUUACUCCUGCCAAGCGCAAAAAGAUUCUGGAUAAAUAUGGUGAUAUGCGUAUAAUGAUGGCAUAUGAACUGUUCAGCAUGUGGCAGAAUCUUGGUGAACAUAAAAUUAAUUUUAUUCCUGGAAUGAUCGGUCCCUUUCUUGGUGUUACACUGGUCCCACAGCCAGAGGUCCGAAAUAUCAUGAUCCCCAUUUUUCAUGACAUGAUGGACUGGGAACAGAGAAAAAAUGGCAACUUCAAACAGGUGGAAGCAGAGUUGAUUGAUAAAUUGGACAGCUUGGUAUCAGAAGGAAAAGGCGAUGAGAACUAUCGGGAGCUCUUCAGUCUGCUAACUCAGCUCUUUGGGCCCUAUCCCAGCCUACUGGAAAAGAUUGAGCAGGAGACUUGGCGGGAGACUGGCAUCUCUUUUGUUACAUCAGUUACUCGUCUGAUGGAGCGCCUCCUUGACUACAGAGACUGUAUGAAAGGAGAUGAAACAGAGAACAAGAAAAUAGGUUGUACUGUUAACCUUAUGAAUUUUUAUAAAUCUGAAAUUAACAAAGAGGAGAUGUAUAUCCGCUAUAUCCACAAGCUGUGUGACAUGCACUUGCAAGCUGAAAACUACACAGAAGCUGCUUUUACUUUGUUGUUAUACUGCGAGCUACUUCAGUGGGAAGAUAGGCCUCUUCGGGAGUUCCUGCACUAUCCAUCCCAGACAGAGUGGCAGCGAAAGGAAAGUCUUUGUCGGAAGAUUAUUCACUAUUUUAAUAAAGGGAAGAGCUGGGAAUUUGGAAUCCCACUGUGCAGAGAGUUGGCUAUUCAGUAUGAAAGUUUAUAUGAUUAUCAGAGUCUCAGCUGGAUUCGGAAAAUGGAAGCUACUUAUUAUGAUAAUAUAAUGGAACAGCAGCGGCUAGAACCUGAAUUUUUCAGAGUUGGUUUUUAUGGAAGGAAAUUUCCCUUCUUUCUUCGGAACAAAGAGUAUGUUUGUCGAGGCCAUGAUUAUGAGAGAUUGGAGGCUUUCCAGCAAAGGAUGCUUAGUGAGUUUCCACAAGCUAUUGCAAUGCAACACCCAAAUCACCCAGAUGAUAGCAUCUUACAAUGUGAUGCCCAAUAUUUGCAAAUCUAUGCAGUGACUCCCAUUCCAGAUAAUAUUGAUGUGUUGCAAAUGGACCGUGUUCCUGAUCGUAUAAAGAGCUUUUAUCGAGUUAACAACAUCAGAAAGUUCCGCUAUGACAGGCCAUUCCAUAAAGGGCCAAAAGACAAAGAAAAUGAAUUUAAGAGCUUGUGGAUUGAACGCACUACUCUAACCCUGACUCACAGUUUACCUGGGAUCUCCCGGUGGUUUGAAGUUGAGAGGAGAGAACUGGUUGAAGUAAGCCCCUUGGAAAAUGCCAUUCAAGUAGUGGAGAACAAAAACCAAGAAUUAAGGACACUGAUAAGCCAGUACCAACACAAACAAAUGCAUGGUAACAUCAACCUACUCAGUAUGUGCCUGAACGGAGUUAUAGAUGCAGCUGUGAACGGUGGCAUAGCACGAUAUCAGGAGGCCUUUUUUGAUAGAGACUAUAUCACCACUCACCCUGGAGAUGCAGAAAAAAUUGCACAACUGAAAGAGCUGAUGCAUGAACAGGUACAUAUCCUGGGAGUAGGUUUGGCAGUACAUGAGAAGUUUGUACAUCCAGAGAUGCGCCCCCUACAUAAGAAACUAAUUGACCAGUUCCAGAUGAUGCGAUCCAGUUUGUAUCAUGAAUUGCCUGCUUUGGAUAAAUUGAGUCCAGCCUGUACUCCACGUAGCAAUAUGCUUGUAUCACAUAGUCCAAUGAGUCCAGAGAGCAUCAAACUGGUACAUCGUCAUAGCCCAUUGAACAUGCUGGGUACAGUCCGACAUUCGUCCUCUUCUCUUUCUUCCCAUACAUCAAGUGAAGCAGGAAAUCUGGUUAUCCUAACAGACAGUUCUAUUGGAGAAGCUGCAGAGGACAUGUAUCACAUGCAGGCGAGUCCUUCCACCUCAAGCCUGAGCUCUACUCAUUCUGCUCCAUCACAGAUGAUUAAUUCUGCUCCUUCUAGUGCACGAGUGCUGAUGAAAGGUGCUGGAUUGACAACUUUGGAGGCUGAAGCCCUCUAUUUAUCCACAGAACAGAGUCCGCAUGGGCGGCAGCAGUGCAAGCUUUCCCAUACUUCCCCCACCAAUGUGCCUCAUCUCUGUCCUGGAGGGACCACCUCUAGAGGCUCUCCCUCUCUACCAGAUAAAUACCGCCACAAUAGAGAGCUGAUGAUGCUACUGCCAACUCACCGGGACCGACCCAGCAGUGCCAUGUAUCCUGCAGCUAUCAUGGAAAAUGGACAGCAUCCAAAUUUCCAGCGAGCCUUGCUCCAGCAAGUGAUUGGACCAUGCAAACCCUGCAGUGAUCCUAAUCUGUCUGUUGCUGAGAAAGCUGUUCCAGCAGCACCAAGCAGCUGGAGUCUGGACAGCGGAACCAGAGAGGCCUUGCCAUUCCUGUCUGCUCAUGUUGGGAGCAUCCUGGCCCCACCAGUACCUCCCCGAAGCCUAACCCAUGGUCACUACUCAUUGCAUUUUGAUGCCUUUCAUCAUCACCUUAAUGAUACUCCCCCAGCACUGCCUGCACGGACACUUCGCAAGUCACCUCUUCAUCCAAUCCCUGCAUCACCCACAAGUCCCCAGUCUGGCCUGGAUGGAAGCAACUCCACCCUUUCAGGCAGUGCCAGUAGUGGAGUGUCCUCAUUGAGUGAAAGUAACUUUGGGCACUCAUCUGAGCCCCCUCCACGAACAGACACGAUGGAUUCUGUCCCUAGCCAGGCCUGGAAUACUGAUGAAGACCUAGAGACAUCCUAUCUCCCAGUCAGGUACAGUCUCUCAGAACCUGAUGUUCUAGAAACUCUUAAAUCCCAGCCAUGCCGAAGUCACUCUGCUCCGUCUGGAGUCAUUCCUCAGGACACUAUGGACCCUCCAGCUCUUCCCCCUAAACCAUAUCACUCUCGCCUCCCAAAUAUGGAGAAUGAGGAGGUAAUGAGAAUGGAAGAGGAAGAAAAACACCGAGCACUGCAUCGCAAAAUCUCCCAGCCAGCUGGUGGUGCAAAAGAAGAACAGGCCAGAGUAGCAUGGGAACAUGGCAUCAGUGAGCAGUAG